GGCGUAAAUAUCGUGUAGAUGAAAGGAGUAGUAGAUGGUCUGAGUAUUUGGCGGCGCAGAUUUCUCUAUCCAAUGAUUUUUUUUUUCAUGUCGCGGGUAACAAUUGACUCGUACCGCGCAGUGGUGCGCACAUGGACUGAAGGGAAUCUACGGAUCAGACAGAGCGCUCCAAACCAGGAAGGCACAGCUAUCAAGCCAAUGUCGAGGGUACCCGGUUCCUGCCGCGUCGGUCGCCCGUCGGCGGACACCCUUUUGGUGUCGGACAGACCCAGGACAUCUCGGGUGGUCGCAUUGCCACCGACCACUUCUCGGCGUUCCCCGGUUUCGCCCAGCCGUCCCGAUGGCCCUGGAUGGCUAUGCUGCGCAGACAUACCGAGUCUGACGUCUUCCCCAAGCCGAUGUGCGGCGGGUCUCUGAUCGACUCCCGCCAUGUGAUGACGGCUGCCCACUGCACGAUCGACAAACCGUUCCGGGACGGACAUAACUUUACCGUUCGUCUGGGAGAGUUUAAUCAUGGCACCGAUGCCGAGAGUAACCACACCGACUACCAAGUGGAACGCGUCUUCAACCACCCAGACUUUGUCGCGAACGGCUCCUAUAUUAACGACAUAGCCCUACUGCGUCUGUCGACUGAGGUCCAGUUCUCUCCGGUGGUGUGCACGGUGACGCUGCCCCACGGGCCUACCGGGGACCUGGCCGGCAAGAAUGUCACCGUCGCCGGCUGGGGAUACGCAGCCCCCAUUCUCGCAGAACUGGAUAUGACUGCAAUCAGUGUAGACGAGUGCUACAAACAGUUUGUCGACAAUGAUUUCUUUCCUCUCCAAGAAAAAGAAAAGAAAAUUUGCGCGGUCACCAGAGAGGAGAUGGACGGCGUUUGCGAUGGCGACUCGGGUGGCCCGCUGAUGGAGUACGGCCACUUCCGAGUGGUCGGCAUCGUCUCGGCCGGCUACGGCGAGUGCGGCGAUCCCCAGGUGAUCCCCGAGACGUUCACCCGGGUCAGUGCGUUCCUCGACUGGAUCAAUGAGACGGCCACCAUCCCGGGCACGGCGACCAGGACGCAGCACUGCCAGGACACGUUCAUCGAGAACCCGCCCAGCUCCAAACCCUACUGGAGCUUCGAUUAGCGCCAGUGUUCCCCUCGUGGCUGAACUGGUCGAUCUGGCCGUCUGUCGCACGUAUCGGGAUGUAUUUUCGUGUCUGCACUUUGCAAUAUACGUUUAAAAACGCAUGAA